AUGUGUCUCUUCUGCCGGCAGUCUCAAGGUCUCUACCCUCCCUCCGAUUUCCUGUCCGUCUUUGCUCACCACCCUCAUUUUGUUCCAGCCGUCUACAUCCCACCGUACAAACACCCGAUACAAGGAAAAGUCUUCAAAGAAAAGUACGACCAGAUCAUCACCGCAUGUCUUUCACAGAUCCUCCUCUGCCAUUUUCCGUUGCUCACACUCUUUCAGGCGCAUACAGAAAUGCAAGCACAUAUUCCCGCAGCCUCCUUCUCGACCCGGUUGACAUCGCUAUCCCGGCCCGGCCAUCCCUCGUCCACUACCUCCGGCGUCGCAGCCGCCGUUCUCGCAAGAGGCCCUGCACUCGCUAUUGGCUCACCCGCGACUGCGCAGGAUGGAAAGUUGCUCGCCGGGGCGAUAACUCUCCCUCUCUCCAAGUUUGCAUCUGUGCACGUUUCGUUGCCCACGCCUGAGUACAAAAACUUCGUGCCAAGGAUACCCGACCUCCUUCCGCACCUGCUAAAGGGCCUCAAGCCGCUAGGCACGCUCCACCUCGAUUUCGGCGCCUCCUAA